CACCAUUUGAAUAGCGUAGUUACUUGAAGGUCAAAAAGUGGUUGAAAUAAUUUUGAGUUCUAUUAGUGUAAUGGUGAAUUCCAUUCCUAUUUUUGGUGAUUAGAGAUGUCUGAUUCUUGUGACUCAUUUUCUGCGAUUCAAACGCUUUUCAAUAAUGCUGUUGAGAAUGACGAACUAACAAUAAUUGAAUUUACCACCCGAUUAUCAGAAAUAUGUAACUCUUUAUCAUUUGAAGAGAAAGAGUUGCUUGUCCAGCGUGUAGACAAAGAUAUUAAAAUGUCUUGCAAACAGAUCUCGGAGAAAUAUUCCUCUGGAGAAGGAAAUGACAAAGUCUCCAGAGAGCUGCAAUUUCAGAUUAUCGUCGUUCUACAUACACGCCUCCUAUGUCUCUGUGAUGAUUCGGAGUUGUCUGCUGAUCAUGAACUCAGUGACUGGAUUUCGGAGUUAAUCAGUAGACUUAGUUUAUGUGAUCCAACAUGGAGUGAAUGGAAAAAGUUUCUUAAGCUGGAAGUUGUGGAAAGGUACAAGAAAGCUUUCGGUCGUACACUUUUUCAUGUUUUUAUCAACUUGGGUUUGGAGCCGCCGGAGUGUUUACCGAAUGACACAGAAAUGACAACGUCAGAGUCGCGUACUAUUGAAGAAAAUAUUGAUGAGGUGGAUGGCGCUAUGUUUACCUCUCCUCGAUCCUCUAGUGUAUUACAAUCGCCACCGGAGCCACGUAAUUCUCUUAGACAAUCACUUCCACGAGCUUUAUUCAGUGAUUCAUUACUUGUUCCACUUCCAUCCACUGAAACACCUAUUCCUUUAACAUCCACACCAACUGUACCUGAUGUAGUUAAUUCAUGUCCUACUAAUCUAGAGUCUAGUAAAAAUCGAUCGUCUACAAAUUUACCAACACCUCAACUAGUACUGAUAACAUGUCAACGUUCAAAACGUAAAUGUCGAACACCAACUAAACGUAUAUCAGUGAAACGAGAAAUCCGAAGAAAGACUACAAACACAACGCCUACUGCAUCAAGACAACGACGUCCAUCAGGAACAGCAUCGAAGCGAACUCCAUCAUCAUGUACAACUAGAACUACUACACGUACUCCAAAAAGUUCAGAUCGAUCACGUUCACUUAUUGUUUCACCUCAAAAUAAUGGUAAUAAUAAUAAAAAUAAUAACAGUAAUUCAAAAACUAAUCGUAAAUCACAACGUACAUCAUUGAAGAAAGAAUCUAAAUCAGCCAAUGCUAGUUCAAAAAAUUCUUCACAUUAUUAUCAUCAUCAUCGACGUUCUGUACAUGAAACGCCUAAUCCAGAAAAAUCAUAUCCACGUUGGGAAAGAGCUAAGUUGGCAGCUGCUGAAAAAACUAAAAAUAAGGCAAUUAUUGUCGAUGAAUCACCAAUCAAACCGAUAUUGACAGCAACUAGUCCAUUGCGUCGAUUACGUCGUGCUAAUUCUAUGCUAGCUAGCCUCUUGUACAUUGAAGCACAAGAAGCAGCUAGUCAAUCACAACCAACACUAGCCGCGAUGAAUCAGUCUCAAGGUCAUCCACCUGGAUUAUUAUCACGUGAUAAUAGUAGUUUAAGUCAUCAGCAUCAUCUGUCUACAAUGAAUGAUGCUGAUAGCAGCCAAACUGCCAAUACUGUUCAUGGUGAAUAUAAAGAUGUCUGCCUAUCUGUUGGUAUGUCAAGAGCUGAACGUUGGAAACGACGUCAACUUGAAGAGGAGAAAAGUUUAAGUCAAUUUUCAAAUUUACAAACAGAUUCUGUACAAUUUAAUAAUAGUAAUAAUAAUAGUAAUAAUAAUGAAAUAGCAAUGAAUACUACUACUACUAAUGCUCCAUCAUCGGUACCAACACGUUUGUCACGUCGUAAUUCAAAUUUACUAGCUAAUAUGGUCUCAGUAAAACAACAAGAUAAUCAUAAUAAUGCAUCGUCUACUGGUCCGACGAAUCCACCGAUUCAGAGUCCAAAGCGGAUAAAAACACCGCGUAAAAACAUUUUCAACAUUACACCAAGUUGUAAAACAAAGCCAAACAAUGAUCAUUUACUACAAGUAUCAUCACCAUUGUUGUCUACAGGAACAAUAACAAUAACUCCGAAAGAUGAUACGAAUAGAUUUGAUCAAAUCCCUAUUGUCACACCUCCAUUAUCUAUUGUUAAACCAAUCGUACAACCAGCUAGUCAACCUAUACGCGCUAUAAGUACACUAGACUCUCCAUUGAAGUCAACACCACGACGUAGAACAUGUAAUGCUGCAUAUAAUAAAACAUCUAAAACAAUUGAAGAUAAUCAUUCAUCGACAACAAUGAAGAACAGUCGACGUGGCCGCCGUCGUGGUGGUGUCAGUGGUAGCGGUGGUAGUGGCGGUAGUGUUCGACGUAUUCGACAUUCUUCUGGUUUUCAACCACUAUCUGAUUCACCUCAAAUAUUUGAUGAAGAAGCAAUGUUUCUUGGCAGAGAUGAAUUUCUGCAGGAAACAACUCCAAAUCUAUCCAGUGCAACUGAUAGUACUUUUAUAGAAGGGGAUAAUAAUGAUGAUGGUGAGGAAUUAGGCGCAUUAUUAAUGUCAAGAAAACGUCGAAGAGCAUCUCCGGUGUGUUCACCACCACCUAUUCAACCUCCUAUCUUUAAAUUGAUUUCUAUGGCGACAAUGACUAGUAAUAGUAAUACUGUAGCAGGAAGUGCUUCCGUCCAAUCACCAACAUUAUCAUCACCAUCUAAAACUCAAACAGUCUCAAUAUCCUCGCCUAUCUCUCAUAAAUAUCCGCAUUUUUUACAAGGCGAUCAAACACCUUCAUGUUCAUCCUAUGAUAAAAAUCACUUGAAAGCUCGUUGCUUAAAUGCACCUAAACGAAAUUGUAUCAUGAAUAAUAAUAACAAUGAUAAUAAUAAUACAACUUCCCCGCUUGUCAAUACAAACAGUAAUCAAAGUAGCAGUGGUAUUGACUGUAGGAUAAGGACAACAACGACGACGACAACGACGAAAACAAUAACGACACCAGCAAGAAAUAAUCCCGUGAAUAAAGAUUCAUUGAAGGUUGUUGUAAUGGAUUCAGGAAUACCAAUUAUAAAAAAGCCUAUACCGUCGCCCUAUGCACCAUUGUAUGUAUUUAAUCCACAUACAGCGAUUAACGGUGGUGUCAAUGAUAUUCUGGAUAAUGGAACGGUAAGCAGUCAAAGUAAUUCAGCGUGUAUUGCACUUCGUAAACAAUUAUUCGGUGGAGAUGAUGGAAGUGAUGAACAAUUCUUACAAGAACAUCAAAAGCCACUGCCUUCAGCAGAUGAUGGUAGUUUAUCGUGUCAUAAAUUAUCAUCAUGCGAAAACAUUCAAAACUAUUACUACUACUCAACAGAACACAAUGACCAUCAUAAUGAUGAUGAUAUUGAGAAUAUUAAUCCAUCUCGAACAAAUUCCCCCUUGUUACUGUUAUCAUCAUCUCCAUUACAACCAUCAUUACCGUCAUCACCAUCUCUCCAGAUGAAAUCACAUCCAUCAAUGGCGAGGAUGACAAAUCAAAAGGUACAAUUAACCACCACCGUCAGUAGAGAAAAUUCACGUCAUCCAUGGGAUGAAGCUUCACUAGAUAAUAAUGAUAUUCCACUAUCCCCUGUACUACGUCAAUUACAGUGGAAUGUACAAAAAGAUAUUGAUAAUCAUCCACUGACGACAACAAUAGAGUCAAAGUUUCCUUCACAUAUUCAUCAUCAUCAUCAUCUAUCGAAUAGUGUAUUGCCACCUAGAAGAUUGACGACAAUAACAGAAACAAGUAGGAAUCAACCACGUCUACGUCCUAGACGUUCACUAUUCCAGUAAUAAUAAUAAUAAUAUUAGUAAUAAAGCAUUUGUUUGUAUUUUUUUUUACACAUUCAUCCAUAUGUUUCAUUGGUUUUUGGUUGCUAAGUGAAAAACUAUUUGGAAACAAAAAGGCAUUUGUUUGUUUUUCAUCGCCGAUUCUUUCGUUCAUUUCUUUCAAAUGUUUCUCGUAAAACCCAAACACUGUUUACUUUCAUUCAGAGUUUUAUCCAUUUAAUAUCCUUUUAUAUACGUUUAAGUAGGAAGAAAAACACCUUUUCCCCAUGUUUAUCCUCUUUUGUAUAAAUUAUGUUUUUUUUUAAACAAAAACCGCCUUAAUAAAAAAUUGUGAUUCAUGUUGUUUUUUGUAAAUUAAAAAAACAUAUUUUCCUAAACUUGUCACUCUUUUUUACUGAUUUUGUUUCUAAACUACUGAAUAUGUUGUAAGUAGUAGGUUUUCUGUUCGCUAGAAAAAAAUGUUUGUAUAUUCA